GCUUGUCGCGCUCGCUCACUCCAGCUGCAGCCACUCUUGCCCGUGGCUGCUUCCUCCAUCCUGGUAUUUUUUGGAGCCUCCAUCCUGGUUCUUCCAAAGUGCCCGGACCCAAAACAGGAAUUGAUAGGCUCACCCCAAAAUAUGCUUUUUGGGACUGAUCUAGAACCUGCAUAUUCUCCGUGAAUCUCUUUAAUUGAUUGCAGUUGAGCUAGAUGGUGGAGCCAAAAUGCUAUUGCCCUGUCUUCAUCAACAGUUAAUCAUGUUGCAGAGGUAGGAACAUGGAGGAGAAACAAUCUGGAUAACAUGAAAGUGAUGCUGGUGGCUAAGGGAAGGCAACUCGAUUCUGUGGGAAGGGCUAUAGCUGAUCCAUCUGUUUUCUAGUUGGUAAAAAAGUAUGUGGACAAGACCAAAAUUGAGUAUUGAGGCAAGAACUUCAUUGAACAUUACAAGAUUUGAGUAUGAGCACAGUUGAAGAGGAUUCUGACACAGUAACAGUAGAAACUGUGAACUCUGUGACUUUGACUCGGGACGCAGACGGGAACCUCAUUCUUCACUGCCCUCAGAAUGAAGCUGAUGAAAUAGACUCAGAAGAUAGUAUUGAACCUCCACAUAAAAGGCUUUGUCUGUCUUCUGAGGAUGAUCAAAGUAUUGAUGAUUCCACUCCUUGCAUAUCAGUUGUUGCACUUCCACUUUCAGAAAAUGAUCAGAGCUUUGAGGUGACCAUGACUGCAACCACAGAGGUGGCAGAUGAUGAGAUUACUGAGGGAACUGUGACACAGAUCCAGAUUCUACAGAAUGAGCAACUAGAUGACAUAUCUCCCUUGGGUAAUGAGGAGGUUUCAGCAGUUAGCCAAGCAUGGUUUACAACUAAAGAAGAUAAGGAUUCUCUAACUAACAAAGGACAUAAAUGGAAGCAGGGGAUGUGGUCCAAGGAAGAAAUUGAUAUUUUGAUGAACAAUAUUGAACGCUAUUUGAAGGCACGUGGAAUAAAAGAUGCUACAGAAAUCAUCUUUGAGAUGUCAAAAGACGAAAGAAAAGAUUUCUACAGGACUAUAGCAUGGGGUCUGAACCGGCCUUUGUUUGCAGUUUAUAGAAGAGUGCUUCGCAUGUAUGAUGACAGAAACCAUGUGGGAAAAUACACACCUGAAGAAAUUGAAAAGCUCAAGGAGCUCCGGAUAAAGCAUGGCAAUGACUGGGCAACAAUAGGGGCGGCGCUAGGAAGGAGUGCCUCUUCUGUCAAAGAUCGGUGCCGACUGAUGAAGGACACUUGCAACACAGGGAAGUGGACAGAAGAAGAAGAAAAGAGACUUGCAGAGGUGGUUCAUGAAUUGACAAGCACUGAGCCAGGUGACAUAGUCACACAGGGUGUGUCUUGGGCAGCUGUGGCAGAACGAGUGGGUACUCGCUCAGAAAAGCAGUGUCGUUCUAAAUGGCUCAACUACCUGAACUGGAAACAGAGUGGAGGUACUGAGUGGACCAAGGAAGAUGAAAUCAAUCUCAUCCUCAGGAUAGCAGAGCUUGAUGUAGCUGAUGAAAAUGACAUAAACUGGGAUCUGUUAGCAGAGGGAUGGAGCAGUGUCCGUUCACCACAAUGGCUUCGAAGUAAAUGGUGGACCAUCAAAAGGCAAAUUGCAAACCAUAAGGAUGUUUCAUUCCCUGUCUUGAUAAAAGGUCUUAAACAGUUACAUGAGAAUCAAAAAAACAACCCAACGCUUUUGGAGAAUAAAUCAGGAUCUGGAGUUCCAAACAGUAAUUCCAAUUCCAGCGUACAGCAUGUUCAGAUCAGAGUUGCCCGCUUGGAAGACAAUACAGCCAUCUCUCCAAGCCCCGUGACGGCCCUGCAGAUUCCAGUCCAGAUCACCCAUGUCUCUUCAGCAGACUCCCCUGCUGCUACUGUUGACUCGGAAACAAUAACACUAAACAGUGGAACACUACAGACAUUUGAGAUUCUUCCAUCUUUCCAUUUACAGCCCACUGGCACUCCAGGCACCUACCUACUUCAGACAAGCUCGAGCCAAGGUCUUCCCCUAACUCUGACUGCUGGCCCCACAGUAACCCUGGCGGCUGCUGCUCCCGCCUCUCCUGAACAGAUCAUUGUUCAUGCUUUAUCUCCAGAACAUUUGUUGAACACAAGUGACAACGUCACAGUGCAGUGUCACACACCAAGAGUCAUCAUUCAGACAGUUGCCACAGAAGACAUCACCUCUUCCAUAUCCCAAGCAGAACUGACAGUGGAUGGUGAAAUUCACUCAUCUGAUUUUCCUGAGCCUCCAGAUGCCCUAGAAGCAGACACUUUCCCAGAUGAAAUUCAUCAGCCUAAGAUUACUGUAGAGCCGUCAUUUAAUGAUGCUCAUAUAUCCAGAUUCAGUGACCAAAAUAGCACAGAACUGAUGAACAGUGUUAUGGUCAGAACAGAAGAAGAAAUCUCUGACACCCACCUUAAACAAGAGGACGCACCCUCCCCUUUAGCCCGGGCUUAUGUUACUGAGGAUUUAGGGUCUCCUACCAUAGAAGAACAAGUUGAUCAAACAACAAUUGAUGAUGAAACGAUACUUAUCGUUCCUUCACCACAUGGCUUUAUCCAGACGUCUGAUGUUAUAGAUACUGAAUCUGUCUUGCCUUUGACAACACUAACAGAUCCCAUAUUCCAACAUCAUCGAGAAGAAUCAAACAUCACUGGAUCAUCUCUGGGCAGUCCUGUUUCAGAAGACUCAAAAGAUGUUGAGGAUUUGGUAAACUGUCAUUAGGUAAUUCUUAGAAACAGGUAGUUCAGGCAGAGAAGCCACACUGUUAAUUACAACAUCUCCAAAGAAAUAGGAGCAACCCCCAAGAGGCUUAAUUUACCAUUCCUCUGGCUUUUAAAUAGCUACAGUGCUCAAGCCACAUACAGUGUUGCUGCUAUGACUUUUUACCUCCUUUAAAUAUAUCAUCUGAGGUCUAGGCUUAUGACAGAGUGUAGUUGAGUGGAGCACUGGGGUCUUUCUUAACUGUAGAGAUCCUAGUGAUUAGUGUUACUUGUCAGCAGGGAAUUUCAUUCACUUUAGCUGAGAGAAGUUUAAAAUCACCAAAGCUUAACUGCUGUUUUAAAAGCAGUAAUAUUCAUCUCUAAAGAUCAGACAUGGCACUCUAUCCAGUCUCAAAUAGGCCUGUUUAUAUUUCAGAGAAGUUACAUCGACAUGGUCUAGAGCUUACCAGUGACCUUCUCCACAAAGAUUAUCUUCUAAGUAGUUUGAGACUUGGGGUGUGGUGGUUACUUUUGGUUUACCCAUUGCUGGCAGUGGGAGCUGAUUUAGGCUGGGCAAAGAGGAAAGCAUUAAGAGAGUUAAGAAAAUUCACUACAGGCUUGUUUGUUUUAAUAUGGAUGAGAGUAGGAAGACAAAAUUCACGAGAAGCUAAGAGUUUUCACCCCCUCAGAACCCACUGUCAUCAGUUUACAAAGUUAGCACUUUGAAGUAAAACUAAAUGGGAAAGGAAGUAAAGUUGCCUGUCCUAUGCCAUGACCUUUUAUGACAUGUCUUGCUAUAUAAGUUACCCAGGAAAUAGUUGAGGAGAGGAUCAGAGUUUUCCGUUCACUUAGUGCAUUAACUGAUGGGGGUUUGAUAUAACUUCUCCCUCUCAGGCAAUUUAAAAAAACAAAAUUUGCUUCUGUAAUGAAAGGAAACAAAUCAAGAGUCAUUCCUAUACCAGAGAAGGUUAAGCCAAAAUUAGCCUCUAGGGCUUUAAUGAAUAUGACCCCUAUAGAAAAGUCAAAAAAAACUUGUAUAAAUUAUUUUAUUUAUUAUUGUAAUUAGAUCUACACAAUCAAAGUUGUCUUUUCACCGUCUGUGUUUUUUGUUAACGUGAAAUUGUAGUUAUAAGCAAAAGUUGGUUGCCUAGGGAACAAUAAUUGUAUAUUCAGUUUAACAGAAAUAAAAGAGUAUUUGUCUUAAAA